GCUAAAUCCAUCUGCUAUUCACAACCACGUAUUGUCAGUUCAUCACACUCUUCACCCGUAAUUUCAGACCCUUCCACUCUCCACUCAAAUCCCGCCUUUCGUAAAUUAGAUUAGUUUAGAAUAUCGCUCGAAUAAAACGGUUUGGCUCCCAAAAGGGAGGAAAUUUAUAAUCGAAUUGUCAAAAAGUCGUUCAAUUUAUCAUCUGGGAUUCGAUGGGUUUCGAAGGAGUUGAAGAAUCGGGAGGGAUGGAGGUGCCCCAGUCGAAGUUCAGGUACAACUCGCCGUUUGUUCAAGUGAGUCUGAUCGGAUUCGUCUGUUUCUGCUGCCCUGGCAUGUUCAACGCCCUCUCCGGCAUGGGCGGCGGAGGCCAGGUCGAUCCGACCGCCUCCAACAACGCCUCCACCGCCCUCUACACCACCUUCGCCGUCUUCGGUAUCCUCGGCGGCGGAAUCUACAACAUCCUCGGCCCCCGCCUCACCCUCCUCUCCGCCUGCUCCACCUACGUUCUCUACGCCGGCUCAUUCCUCUACUACAACCACCAUAAGCACCAGGCUUUCGCCAUUGUUGCCGGAGCAAUCCUCGGAAUCGGCGCUGGCCUCCUCUGGACCGGUCAAGGUGCCAUCAUGACGUCAUACCCUCCCCCGAAUCGAAAGGGGACGUACAUCUCGCUUUUCUGGAGCAUUUUCAACAUGGGCGGCGUCAUCGGAGGACUAAUCCCCUUCGUUCUUAAUUACCACCGGAGCGAAGCGACUUCCGUCAACGAUGCGACUUACAUCGGGUUCAUGAUUUUCAUGUCCAUCGGGACUCUUUUGACCCUCGCUAUCCUGCCCCCCAGCAAAGUUGUCCGGGACGACGGGACUAAAUGUACGGACAUUCUGUACUCAAAUGUCACAACUGAGGCCAUUGAAAUUGCCAAGCUGUUUACAAAUUGGAAAAUGCUUCUUAUAAUCCCGGCCGCUUGGUCGAGCAAUUUUUUUUACACCUACCAAUUUAACAAUGUCAAUCAGAUUAUGUUUAAUCUGAGGACUAGAGGAUUCAACAAUGUGUUCUACUGGGGAGCGCAGAUGUUGGGGUCCAUCGUGCUUGGACACAUCAUGGAUUUCAGCUUCAAGAGUAGGAGGGCGAGGGGUUUCGCUGGCAUUUCUGUGGUUGGUGUCCUCGGGACUGCCAUUUGGAUUGGCGGACUUGCCAACCAGCUCAACUACUCUCGCCGCGAUUUGCCAGAGAAGUUGGAUUUUAAGGACUCGGGCUCUGCUUUCGCAGGACCAUUCGUGUUGUAUUUCAGCUUCGGGUUGCUUGAUGCCAUGUUCCAGAGCAUGGUUUACUGGAUCAUUGGAGCCUUGGCUGAUAACUCUGAAAUUCUGAGCAGGUACGUUGGAUUCUACAAGGGAAUACAGAGUGCAGGGGCAGCAGUUGCUUGGCAAGUCGACACGCACAAGGCAUCUUUCCUCGCCCAAUUGGUUACGAAUUUCGCGCUCAACACCGUGAGUUAUCCGUUGCUGGUGGUUCUGAUAUUGCUGGCUGUGAAGGAUGAAGGCAAGACUGAUGUGGAGGAAUUUACAACCAGAGAAGGUUGCUGAGCCUGCAGCAUCAGAAAAGUGAUCAUAAUGGUCGUCAGUUUAAUUAGCAUUUCGAAUUUGCCAUAAUCCAUCCGAAUAUUUGUCUUAAUUACGUUCACACGAUCAAAUCUUCACGCUUCAGUGUAAUGAAAAUGCCAGUGUAAUUGAUGUAUCAUGUUCAAAUUGUCUAGUAUUUUACAGAUUUAUCGAAGUUCAUGUUUUGAUAAAUUUUCCUUUAAUUUUGGAAAUGAUUAGUUCUUGAUCA